AACACAUUUAGCAUUAUUUCUAACAGCAAUUAUUUCAAUACUUGUUUAGUGCAAACACAUGACUACAGAUCUAUUGAAAAUGUUCGCAAAAGUGAAUAAGCAAACAUUUUGCGAUGAGAUCUCUGCCUGUGAUAGCAAUACAUCCAAUAAUAAUAAUAUAGUGGCCAAUAGUGUGUCGGACGACCCGAGCUGUAACUUUUGUGUCACAGUUGUGACCAAUAUUAAGGACAUAGUGAGCGGCGCUCCCACAGAGUUAGAGGUGAAGUACUUCGUUGAGGACGCGUGUCAUUACUUGGGAAGCUUUGAGAACGAGUGCGUGAGUCUCGCCGAUGAGUACAUCGACACACUCUUUGCUUAUAUCCGUCAAUCUCUUCAACCAAAACAAUUUUGUCAAUCUAUCGGCGCCUGUAAUACAACAGUCAAAGCUAUCCAAACCGAAAGAGUGGCUGAUAUAUCAGAAGUAGUGAAUAUAUUUCCCGCACAAAUGCCUUUUACUCCACUCAAAAACGCUGAACCCAUUGAAAGAGUAGGAGAUAUGGAAUGUGUUAUUUGCAAACGGAUUGUCACAUAUGUUGUCGAAGAAUUGAAAGACAACCGAACAGAACAGGCAAUCAUUACAGCUCUCGAACAUAUCUGUUCUCUGUUCCCUCAGAAAGAGCGAAGCAAAUGCGAUGCUUUUGUCGAUCAAUACGCCAAUGAAUUGAUCCAUAUUCUUGUUGAAGAGGGAGAUCCAGACCUCGCCUGCACUCUGCUUGGCGUUUGCGUUCCAUCCAGUGUUUGGCAAUCACUCCAAAGACCGGAAAUCGAAAGAGAAGAUUCGGUAAAUGAGACAAAAACUGCGGUUCAAUGGUCUGAAGUAGAAGUGGAAAGCGUUUCCAUUGAGUCAACCGCUGAGAAGAUGAAUAAAAACAAGUUAUGUUUUGAAUGCGAACUUCUGAUGCAUUUCAUACAAAACGAAAUAUAC